AUGGGUCAUUCAAACAAGACAGCCUUUCACAGUGGUGGAGCAGCCGGCUUUCAGGGCACUUAUCGAAGCAACAGGACUUCUUUGCCCAUCAAAACCGCUGAUACUCUCUUUAACCGAAUUAAGGAGGAAUUCCACUCGGGUAGGGCUUACGUGAAAAAUGAACUUGCCAGGAGUAGCCGGACACUCGCAUUAUCUCUUGACGUGUGGACGUCAGAAAAUCAGAUUGCGAUAAUGGGUAUCAUUGGUCAUUGGAUAUCCCCUGAUUUUGAAAAGCGAGAAGAGCUCCUUGAGUUCACCGAAAUUAAUGGACCCCAUUCUGGAGAGAACCUUGCGGAAGUUGUACUGAAGAUGCUCGACGAGCUAGACAUCGCGCCUAAGCUCCUGACCAUCACGGGGGACAAUGCGGGCAAUAACGGGACACUCUGCGAUAGCCUGCAUGACCAGCUCCUCAAGAAGUAUGAUAAUGACGAUGACCGCUUUCGCAUCAGGCCUCUGAUGCGGUUCCCCCCACGGCACCACCAAGAAUGGAAAGAAGUAUCACCAAGCAAAAAAGUCAGUUAUGACGUUGACACCCGAUGGAACUCAACAUAUCUCAUGAUUCAAGAUGCCCUUCGGCUACAAACUGAGCUGGGGCAGUUCGUGCAGAUACAUCCAGAAGUUCAGGCCCUCCAGCUUAUCGAUGACGAAUGGUCGACACUUCAGCAAGUAGCCAAGAUUCUGAAGCCGUUCUCGGACCACACAAACUCGGUUUCAAAGGCAUGCCCAACAAUUGUGGAAAGCCUACCGAUUUACUGGAGCUUGGAUGACUUGUUAAAUGACGUUCGAAAUGCGGAGGGAGAUUUUGAAGAUGUGAACAUUGAAAUUCGCGAUGCGGUGGAAAGAGGGAUUCGGAAGAUGAACAAGUUCGCUAGAAAAAUGGACGACAACCUUCUUUAUUAUGUGGCUUCCGUGCUAGAUCCGCGCAUCAAGUCGUCUUUGAUUUUGUCUCGAAUGAGCGAGCAAGAUUCAGGGCUUAUUGUCUCUCAAGUGCGGGAAUUUCUAAAAAAAGAAUACCCUCCAGAGCCAUUCGUGUCGCGUGAAGUUGACCAUCUACGUCCACCUGGGAUGUCAGAAACAAUGUGGAAGACUCUGCGCAAAGUCCAGCCAUCCAAAGAGGUCUCUUUGUCGGAUAUUGAUAAAUAUUUGGAUUCCCCGCAGGUCAACUGGUCCCAUCAUAUGAUCGGCGAUGCAGACGCAGAAUGGGUCUUAAAGUGGUGGAAGGCUAACGCGUUUAAUUUCCCACUGAUGGCAAAAGCCGCUCGCGAUUAUCUACCCAUCCCUUCAGCAGAGGUCGGGAUUGAACGCGAGUUCAGCAAUGCUCGAGAUGUUUUGGGCCUCCGAAGGCACCGUCUGACGCGGAGACUAUGCGAUGGCUGA